AUGUCGCAUCGACCGUUCUACCUGUCCCAACCGGACUCACCUGAGCGAGAGUCCCUCGCAAAUAGAAGUAGCUUCGAUUUGUCCGCCGAAGACCCCGAAUCGCAGGUUCUCUUCUCUUCAAGCUACUCCCAUGGGCAUCAUAUCGCCUUCUUCGACAAGGUACAAUCGUUCUUGCGCGGCAGGGGGUUCAAUCUCAACUUCAAUAAACUCUUAAGAACAAAGAGACAACGUCGCAGGGGCAAGAAAGGCUUGUGCCAGUGGCCUGGACGUCGUCGGUUAUGCUUCGCGUUCCAAGCUUUUCUUGUUGCAGUACUCUUGCUGGCCACAUUCAUAGCCAUCGUUCGUCCGUCUUAUUCGAAGCCACCGGCUCGUUAUCAUGAGCUUCUUCUUCUUGCGCAAAGCUCCUCUGAAGCAGGCAGAGCAAAUCCUGGGAAGGAGAAGGUCUUCAUAGCUGCAAGCAUAUUCGAUCCGAAGGGAAACCUCGCCCGAGGGGCUUGGGGAAAAAGCCUGCUCAGUCUUAUAGACCUCCUUGGACCUUCGAAUGUCUUUCUUAGCGUCUAUGAAAAUGAUGCUGGACCUGUAGCCAAGGCAGCAUUGGAGGAGUUGGAGGAAAAGACAACGUGCGAACAUUCCAUUGUCUUUGAGGAUAAGCUCCCUCCAGACGCAGUUCCAGAGAUUCAACUCCCAGAUGGGACAAUGCGGAGGAGGCGCAUCGCUUAUCUCGCAGAAGUACGGAAUCGGGCUCUACGUCCCUUGGACUCCUCUAGCACCAAGUUUGACAAACUUCUGUUUUUGAAUGAUGUUAUGUUGGAUCCUGUGAAUGCUGUACAGCUUUUAUUUGCCACGAAUGCUGAGUCGGGCAAGGCUGAUUAUCGUGCUGCAUGUGCUAUGGAUUUCAGCAACCCCUUUAAAUUUUACGACACAUUUGCUUCAAGAGAUCUUGAAGGAUACAGCAUGGGACUUCCAAUCUAUCCUUGGUUCUCAAGUGCUGGGAGGGCAGAAAGCCGGCAAGAUGUUUUUGAUCAGACAGAUUCAGUGCGCGUACGAAGCUGCUGGGGCGGCAUGGUGGCUUUCGAUGCAAAGUACUUCCAAUCCACAGCGGAUGAUUUCGAUGAUCUGGAUGCAGCUGGCGGUAUUACUGGAGCAAACUUCACGGGAUUCCGGUUUCGUGGGGAAGAAGAGCUCUUUUGGGAGGCCGCUGAGUGCUGCCUAAUUCAAGCUGAUAUACAAAAUCCAGAUGAGGGUGAGACAGGCAUAUACAUGAAUCCGUAUGUUCGCGUGGCAUAUGACACCACCACUCUCUCUUGGCUAGGAUUGAGCAGGAGGAUAGAGCGCCUGUAUACGCCAUUCCAGUAUCUCAUCAAUAUUGUAGCGGGACUCCCUCGUUUCAACCCGCGAAGAGCCCAGCAGACGUGGCAGGAAGUGCAAGAGAAGGUGUGGGUACCCAAUACUACUCUUCCUUCAGGAGGAUCAUUCAACGUGAUUGACAGAAUUGCGACUCACGCUGGCUUUUGUGGUACCAGAACCCUUCAGGUGUUGAAAGAAGACCCACAGGCUGGAGAGAAGAACUGGGAAUUCGUUCCGCUGCCAAAUGGGUGA